GGUACCGCCGGUCUCCGGGCCCUGGCCACCGGCAGCUCCUCGGGGAGCAAGGCCGCCGUUCUUGCGGAGGCGGCCGCGGUGCCCCCGGAGCGGAACCGGAACUUUAGCAUCAUCGCGCACGUGGACCACGGGAAGAGCACGCUUUGCGAUCGGCUCCUCCAAUCUUGCGGCGUGAUUCCGGAGAAUGCGAGGGAACAGUUCCUUGACGGUCUCGAGGUGGAGCGCGAGCGGGGCAUCACGGUCAAGGCCCAGACCUGCUCGAUGCUGGUCCGGUCGGAGAAGGAUGGGUUGCAGUACCUGCUCAAUCUGAUCGACACGCCUGGACAUGUGGACUUCUCGUACGAGGUGUCUCGGUCACUCCACGCGUGUCAGGGGGCCGUGCUGCUCUGCGACGCGGUACAAGGCAUCCAGGCCCAGACCGUCUCGACUUUCCACCAGGCCUUCGAAGCAGACCUGGAGGUGCUGUGUGCCCUCAGCAAGGUCGACCUGGACUAUGCACAGAAGGAGGAGGUCAAACGGCAGAUGUCCGUCUUGACGGGAGUCUCCACGGACGAGGUUCUGGAGGUGAGCGGCAAGACAGGACAAGGUGUUCCGAGUUUGCUGGAGGCCAUCAUCCACAAGGUGCCUCCUCCCAGAGGCAAAGCGCAAGCGCCUUUCAAAGCUUUGCUCUUCGAUGCGUACUACGACAGUCGGCGCGGCGUGGUGCUGCUGAUCGCGAUCGAAGAUGGGGAGCUGAGGAAAGGCAGUAAGAUCCACUGCUCCUACAGCGGGCGGGUCCACGUCGCCAUGGAUAUUGGCCUCCUCUACCCCGACCUCUGCUCCGUGGACAACCUGCGCAGCGGCCAGAUCGGCUUCAUCGUCGUGGGUGCGAAGGACAUUCGCAGCUUUCGCGUGGGCGAGACAGUAUGGCAGGAAGGCGGAGAGAAGUCCGGGGAGCCCUUCCCCGGAUUCAAGCCUGCUCAUCCCAUGGUCUAUGCCGGGAUCUUCCCGGAGGCCGUAAGCGAUGGCGAGAAGCUGGAGACGGCGAUGCAGCGUCUACUCCUCACCGAUGCCUCCGUGGAGGUCCU